AUGAUAAGCAGUAUACAGCAAAUUAGAGCUCAAGCUGAAUUGGAUAAACAGCGAAAAAUAGUGGAAGUCAAAGGUGCCAAAGAAAGAUAUAUGCAACUGAUGAAUUCUAUAAGCGGUUAUUCUUGUCAAUGCCAGUAUGACGAUCGAUAUUAUCGUUAUAAAAUAUGUUAUAGAUGCAGCAUGGUUCAACAAGCACAAAGUAUUGAAGUAUCAUUUUAUGAAUGUCCGUUACCGUCCGAUCAGAAUAAUGCAUUAGCCGUUAUUUUUGAAUUACAAAUGCCCAUUGAAAUUAGAAACUAUCGAGAUAUUCUCUGGCAGUUCAAUAACCGUCCUACGCCGCAUCCAUCACACAAGAUGAAUGAAUGGUUGCAUUGUUCUCCUCAUGCUCACAAGUUAGGACCAUUCUAUACUGGUCCACAGAACUGCAAAGUGAAAUUGAUAUCCCCCACAAAAUCUAUCACGGAAACGCUUCAUUGGUCUCCAUCCAUUGCAUAUGCGUCUGAAAGGGACUUUCUGUACGAAAAUAGUCUCGGAGUUGGCAUUUCGUCAAGCCAGCCAACUGAAUCUGGAGUAGAACGUUGUAUAUUAACGCCUCAGCUGACACACGCAGAUUACAAACAAUUGCAAUUUACUAUCGAUACAACGAAAGAUGGAUUCUCUGUCCAUUGCGGAAGAAAGUGUAGCAAUAUUGAUUAUACACUCAAUAUUACAAUCGGUCCAUUGACAGCAGAUUCAGAGACCACAUCUAACCCCUGGUGUCCCGAAUCGCAUCAACAACUUUUAGAAGACCACUUUGUGGAUGAAUUUAUCUCAAGAUUGAAUCGUCGUUUAGAUGAUUGUGAAUUAAAUUGGCAGAAUGAGUUAGUUCUCAUCGUUAUCACUAUGAUUACCAUGAGAAUAUUUACUCUUUGUAAUUCAACAAAAGAAAUUGAAGGUGCUGAGUUGGCACUGAAGUGUCGUCGAAUUGGUGAAAAAUGGAUUGAUCUGAUUUGCACAAGUAUUCAAACAGUACCAUCCUCAUGUUUUGCUGAAGUAGAAAAACUUCGUUUCAAAAUGGUCACGAUUGGUUUUACAUGUCUGUUAACAUUUUCAACUCAUCAAGGUCGAAUAAAAUAUUUAUUGUCAUCCCAUAACGAUGUUCAAUCUUUACUCAAAGCAGCAACAACAGUUCAUGAUAAUAGCAUUUUAAACAAGAAUCAGGCGAUGAUGAGUAUCUUUCUCAGGAACAUGAUGCGAUUUAGUGAACGUGUCUUGGUAAUGUUACAAUCCACACUUGCUGAAUUCCUACAAAACACAUCGUAUCAAAGCUUGAAUGAAUUUGCUACCAGUUACUGGGCUGUCAUUCGAAGCAAAGGUACGAUGGAUGAAAAGUGGAGAAAACGAAGGGAAGAUCCUCAUGAUGGUUGGUACGAUAGCCAAUAUGGAUCAAGACAUAUUUUCAUUGAUUGUAUCCGAGGAACGUUUUUAGUUGAUGGUAUGACUGUGGGUUUUUUACCGGAAAAUAUGACUUCCAGUGAAUUUCUUGUUCGUGUAUUUGAUCAGUAUAUCUUCGAGGUUCAAGCGGCUCAAUUACCCAAUACCUACAUCACGAAAAAUUCCUACCAUAAUGAAAGGGUUUUUUAUGAAUUCGUUUUCGAUUAUCCAACCCAACGCUUCAUCAUUACUGAACGGCAUAUACAAACAAGUGAUGUAUUUCAACUGAUUCCUCACAGUUGUUUUCAGAAAGAACUGGCAGAUACGUUUGUCUCCAACCACAGUCAUUGGUUAAACCUGAAGGAUCGAACAUUACAGUUUCGACCUGUUCAAUUUCAAAAUUCGAAAUUUCUCGAUGAUAUACCUUAUAUGUUGACAUUAGAUGCGGGACUUAUUACAACUACUGACACAAAGAACAUACAAACCUUGAUUAACAAAUCAUCAACUUUUUUUCAAAAAUUAUUUUCACGAUACUUUAGUCGUCUCGACGAGAAACCCUACGUCUACAUGAUGAGAGAGAAUACUUCACAGUGCAAAACGAUCAUUUAUAUUUAUUUAUCUCGUCUACGUAUUGCUUUCAUCUACAACAAUAAAACCCGUAAAUUCACAUCGCGUGAAUAUUCCGAUAUGUGUAUUGCAGAAAAUCAAUGGUUCGGAACAUUAACUGGUUUGACAUUUGGCCUUCUCUUAACGCCAUCAUCCGUCCAUCAUGAUACAUUAGAACAAUAUUCAUAUCGCAAAUUGAUCGUACCUUUCGGAUACGUUGAUGCUGCGAAAACUUCGUACUCUAAUCAACACAUCGUUAUGAUACGGCGAUCACUAACCCCUUUUUCUGAUCAAUACUUUCUUUUUAUUCUCAAUGACCGAUUAGGCAUUCUUCAGUCAACUGCUAGUCCAACCGGAUGGCUUUAUUUAGCAUUGUUACAUGCCAUUACAUCUCAUCCUCUGCCUGAUCAAUAUACGGGAGUGACUGGAAUGGAACUUGCCUUUCAGUUAUUGAACUCAGCUGGUUGUUGGUCUGAUCAACCGCUCGAUGGUCUAUCUUUAAAUAUACUACAGCAGAUUGCUGCCCUCUCUCCAAAAGUUGAUUAUUAUCCAGCAGAUGGAGCUUGCAUGGAGAAAAUUGAUUGGAAUGAUCAUGGGUUACCCUAUUUUAUGCAGAAUUUUGGUUAUUAUUUAAUAGCCAGACGAAUUAUUGAUGCUAGUGAACAAUUCAAUUCCAUGUAUCCAUCCUUGAUCUCAAAAACGAAGGGAGAACUAUUUAAUGGGAAAUUAUACAAUGAAGCAUUAUUGAAUAAAUUAUAUUGGAAUUAUCGAGAUUCGUACAAUCCUUCAGCUAGAUUAUCGGUAGAGAUGGAGACUGAAAUUUUAUCUACUAUUUCAAAGACACCGUAUCGUUCGGCACCGGAAUAUGGUUCGCAUGUCACGAACUAUAGUGAAAUUCAUCUUUUAGAUAAUCUAUAUCGUAGUGGAGAUGUAAAUCUUAGAGAUUGUUCAAAACAACAUUGGUUACCGUUGUUUCAGUGGUUGACUAAAGAAAACCAAUUAAAAAAUGUCUGGAUUGGUUUAUUAAAAAAGGCUAUUAGUCUUGGCACAGAGGGGGCUGGUAAUAGCACAGAUGACAUGCAUCGAUUCGCAAUUCUACUAGAUUUUCUUCAUUAUAUUUCUGGCACAUGUAGAAUCAAACCAUUUCAUUUGCAAAUGCUAAAGACAGUUUGCAAAGUAUCUACAUUAUCGUGGAAAACGAUCAUAUUUCCUCCGUUCAUGUAUUAUUACGACAUCGAAGACGUUUCAUUUACAAAAGAACGUAUCAACCUAUUAAACAACUAUACCACACGUGAACGGGAGCAAAUUAUAGAAGAAGUCAGGAGAUGUUGGCGAAAUAAUCUCCAGUAUCAAAAUAUCAAUCGUCAAGCAACUUCAACUGAACAAGAUCACAUCAACCACUUGUUAAAAUCAUGGCGUUCUAACGAAAAACUUCGGUCUUUUUUGCAAGUUGUUCAAAGUCUUAUUUGUUCAAUUCCGAUAGAACAAUUUGACAUCAAAGUAUCAUAUCAUCCUCAACAAUUUGCAUGUGAAAUUCCACACGAUCAUCAUCAGAUCCAAUACAAAUCUACUAACCACUUUAUCGAUGCAAUCCUAUUACAGAAAGCAGAAGAAAAAUUUCAUCAAACUUACUCAGGUCAUUUCAACAAACCAAAAUUAGUUUCACAAGGUAUCGAUCAAGCAAAAGAGUUUCCAUAUGAAAUCUUUUCUUCUCUCAACGAACAAGAGAAUACUCUUAGUGCAAUAACAAAUUAUUUUAAAAACCAGUUAGCUGAAAAUUGGAGGAAACUUCUGUCCAACGAACAAACUCAGAAAGAAGAUCCUUCCAUUGAAGAACUCAUCGAACUUCUCAAUUCUUUUCGAGAAGAAUCAACAAAGUUCUGGAAUGAAUUAAUCAAAUCUAUCACCUCAUCUAAUGAACAAUUAUUUGAAACAGGUUUGGCAACACGAAUGGCACCAACACCUGUCAUAACUUUAUUCCAACAAGACAAAGCCCAUACAAAUUUUUUCUUGGCAUCAUUGGUAUUGACUAAAGAGCAGCGCACGCUCCUCGGUGGUACUAUUGUCAAUUGGGCAUUAGAACAGCAACUGGAAAGAGCAUUGUCGUUUGCCAUCCAUCAGAAAUGGGAAGAUUUCAGAAAAGAAAUCUCACAUACGCCACAUUCCAACUGGAUACCCUGCGAACAUAUUCCUUGGCUCAUUCUAGAAUUAGAAAUGAACGUAACCAUUCGAGAAACUCAAAUCAACGUCGCACGGCAUAUGAUACAACCAAAUUUGACUACGGACGACUCGACCACACAAAGCAUAGUCAUGCAACUGAAUAUGGGUGAAGGGAAAACAUCUGUCAUUUUACCGAUGUUAGCUGUUAGUUCAUGUUCGUCUCCUUCGAGCUUGAUUCGCAUCGUAGUACUAAAAUCAUUAUUUCCGACAAAUCAUCAGUCAUUACGAUACAAACUGGGUGGCCUAUUGAAUCGGCGUAUUUUUCCAUUUGCAUGCCGUCGUGAUAUGAAUUUCAAUCAUAAACAAAUUAAUCGAAUCUUCGCGCGUUUUAGACAAGGAUUACAAAACUAUGAUGUAAUACUGACUUCUCCUGAGGAUAUUCUCUCGUUUGACUUGCUAACGAUUGACAAAUGUCGACAAAAUGACUUUGAUAUCGGCCGUGCCAUGUUAAGAACUCAACUGUGGUUAAAACGAUAUGCUCGUGAUGUUUUAGACGAAUCCGAUGAUAUUUUACAUGUCAAAUAUCAAUUAAUUUAUACUGUUGGUGGACAACAGCAGGUUGAUGCAGGUGCAGAGCGAUGGAAAACCAUUCAAUCAAUACUUGAAUUAGUUAAAAAAUAUGCUGCCGAUAUUUCCAAACUUUUCGCUGAACACGUUUGUUAUCGACCAUCUAAACUUAAAAGUGUUUUUCCACAAUUUCAUUUACAAUCAGACGAACCAUUUCCGGUAUUAUGUGAGAAAAUCGUCAAUGAUUGGCUCAAUCAAAGAUCAUAUCGUCAAGUGGACAAGCAAAUAAUUUGGUCAUUUAUUCUAGAAACAAAAUUCUCAGUCGAUGAUCUACAAAAGAAAUUUCCACAGAACGAUAUUCAGUUGUUUCUUAUUGUUCGUGGUUUGUUAUCAUCAGGAGUUCUCUUCGUUGCUUUGAAGAAGCGAUAUCGGGUUAACUAUGGUGUCAAUCCAAAUCCUUCUUUUAAUCGAUUAAUAGCUGUACCAUUUCGUGCCAAGGAUGUAGCCGCUGAUCGAACCGAAUUCGGUCAUCCAGACAUAGCACUAGUCCUAACACAUCUCACAUAUUACUAUUCUGGCUUAAAGGAUUCACAAAUGAUUCAGUGUUUCAAUCGCUUAAUUGAAGCAGAAAGUGAUCCGGCAUCGAUUUAUGAUCAGUGGAUUUUCUAUGAAAAUCGAGAUGACAUACCAACUAAUAUUCAACAAUGGAGAGGAGUAAAUCUCAAAGAUUAUGAACAAACAUACUGUUAUCUCUUUCCAACAUUCCGCCACAAUAUGUUGGUGAUUAAUUAUUUUCUUAAUUAUUUUAUAUUUCCACGAGAAGCAAAACAAUUUCCUCAUAAAUUAGUCUCAUCUGCUUGGGAUAUAGCUUCGUCUUUAAGAACGAAAGUCAUCACUGGAUUUAGUGGCACUAACGAUACACAACUGUUAUUGCCUGUUUACAUUCGUCAACUUGAUUUACCUGAACUUCAAAAUACAGAUGCAAUUGUUGUGAACAAUUUACUAAAAUCUGAAAAUGAAAGUUAUCAAUCUUUACCGAUCGACACCACUUCGGAGAAUAUCUUACAGGAAAUUAUUCAAUACAGACCAAGUAUUCAAGUCAUUUUGGAUGUUGGUGCACUGUUCAUUGAUGGAACCAAUCAAGAGAUCGCCAUGAAAUGGUUAAAUCUCUCAGAUAAAGCUAAGAUAGAUUAUGCUGUUUAUUUCGAUUCGGAUUCUAUUUCUGCUUGUGAUCGUCAGUCUCACCAUCAUCUAUUUGCCACCUCUCCAGCCAAUGAACGACUAGAUCGCUGCGUCUUUUAUUUAGACGAAAUUCAUACUCGAGGAACUGAUUUUAAAUUUCCUCAUGGAUUUCACGCGGCAUUAACAUUAGGAAAUGGUUUGACAAAAGAUCGCUGUGUUCAAGCAGCAAUGAGGAUGAGAAAACUAGGAAGUGGCCAUUCAUUAACAUUUUGGAGUUCAUAUGAAGUUCAUCAACAAAUCAUUCGAUUGAAGAAACAAUCAUUUCAUGUCAACGUCACCGAUAUUCUUCAUUGGGUCUAUGAGAACACUCAACAAACAACUUGGGAUGGACUUCAUCAUUGGGCUGCAAAAAGUUUAAGUUUUCAACGAAAACUUGCUGCAUUUCGUCAUAUUCAAUGGAAUAACGAUCAACAAUCUUUUACUGAUAGAUUGAUGGAAAACUUAGCUAGAGAAUGUUUGGAACCUGAAGUCAUUGAUUUGAUACAGAUGUAUGGUGCUUCGAAAGUCUCACAAACGUUAUUUGAGAUACAUUCAGCGCGAUAUCAACGCACUGAUUAUCAAAUAUCGAUUGACAUUCAGGAAGCAGUAUUGAAACGAUUACGAGAGUAUGGUGGAACGAAACAACGUCUAUCACAGUUGUUAGAAGAAGAACAACAACGAGAAUUAGAGCAAGAAUUAGAAGAAGAACGGCAAUUGGCACGACCUCCAUCUGUCAAACCCUGUGUACCUGUACUACAUGAUGACAUAAAAAGAUUAUGUGAUACGAAUAAUGACAUGAUGAAUCUAGCACAACUACCGGAUGUAUUUCGCCCGUUGGCAUAUGCCUUUAAUGGCACGACCAUUGAUACGACGUGUCAAUGCAAUAGUUGGCAAUCAAAUAUGUGGAUUUCUACUGAGUUUCAACGUGUCAUUGCAACAAAAGGAGAAUCGUUAAAUCCAUUUCUACGUCCUCCAAGAUGGAUUAUCAUCUAUCGAAAUCAACAUCUGAUUUUUCUGAGUGCUUUAGAGGCUAACUGGUUAUUAGGUCGUUUGAAUUCCGUUUAUCAGCAGCAACCGUUCAACAGUGAAUGGAUUACCACAUUACGAUUAUUACUUCCUCGUACAAAGCGAAUUCAAUCAAUCUUUGCCAAUAAUCGAGCACUUACUAUUCCCCCAGCUAUUCGACUUCGCACUGAUGUUCCUUUCCCCCUAGCACUAGAGUGGUUAGCUCAAUUAUUCAUAUUUAAUGGCACUGUCUAUUUUGAAACAAUUGAGGAGCAAACGGUUUAUUGCCAAUGUUUAGGUUUAUGUCCUAAACCUCGAACACUUCAAGAAGAAGAAGCUUUCGAACAGGGUUGGAUUGCUGCCGAUGGAUUCGUAAGCGAGCCAGAAUACCGUCGCCUGUUGCAAAUUCACGGGGCUCGAUUCGACUUCGACCCACUGACAUUCGUGAAGCAAGUGAUUGAAAAUCGAACUAAUGUGCAUGCAACCAUAUCAUCCCAUGUUGGUAGCAUUAUUCUUAAUUCGUGCAAACUGCUUUAA